AGACGUGAAGCCUGACAACAUGCUGAUUAGUGCUUCUGGUCAUGUGAAACUUGCUGAUUUUGGAACCUGUGUCAAAAUGGGAAAAGAUGGUAUGGUACGCUGCAGUACGGCCGUUGGAACCCCCGAUUACAUAAGCCCCGAAGUCUUGCGAUCUCAAGGUUCUGAGGGAGUGUAUGGUAGAGAAUGUGACUGGUGGUCUGUCGGCGUCUUCAUAUAUGAAAUGCUUGUCGGUGAAACACCUUUCUAUGCUGAUUCCCUGGUGGCAACAUAUUCUAAGAUCAUGAACCACCAAAAUUCGUUGUCCUUUCCCGAUGACGUUACCAUAUCGGCAGAAGCAAAAGAUAUAAUCUGUAAGUUUCUGUCGGACCAGAACCACCGUCUGGGCAGAAGUGGUGUCUCUGAGAUCAAGUCGCAUUCGUUUUUUGCAAACGAUGACUGGAACUGGGAUACAAUUCAUAGUGUAAGACCACCUGUUGUUCCUGAACUAAGCGGCGAUGAUGAUACAAGUAAUUUUGAAGAAAUUGAGAAAGAUAAUACACCACAGGAAAAUUUCCAGAUCGCCAAAGCGUUUGCUGGAAAUCAGCUUCCGUUCAUCGGCUUUACAUUUGCUCAUCAAUACAGUCCGUUGGGCUACAUUAAGAAUUUGAAUGCUAAUAGUUCUCCAUCGGGUAACGAUGAGGAGCUCAAGCAACAGCUUGAACAGGAAGUUCAGUCUCGGAAAGAAAUCGAAGACAAAUACUCGUGCGUUCAGCAGAAACUUGAACGUGAGAUGCAAAACGGAAAGCAUUUGGAGGUCCUCCUGCAGGACUCUCAGUCGCAGUUUGAAAAGGUUCGCAACGUUAGCGGCACUUUAGAUGCGUUUAAAGCGACCGAAUUUGAAAAGCAGAUCACACAACUGACGGAGAAAUUGCAGGCGAAGAAAGAGAUCGAGGCGAAGCUCACUGCCGCUUAUGAUCAGCUAGAAGAGAAGCACAAGACGCAGGAAAACUUGGUGCAACAGCUUCGCAUCGAUUUUACUGCACUUUCAAAACAGUGUGAAAAGGCAAAGGACGACUUACAACGCGCAAACCGGUCUUUGGCCGAAGAAUGUGAGGCGAAGCGCAAAAACGAGGAAAUGGUACAGUCGUUACAAGGCGAGUCGAUUUGUUUGUAUGAGUGAAA